GGUGUUUGGCAUCGGCAUUGGAGUCUGAUUUAUUGAAUUUGUGUCAGGUUAGGGUGUCCGGUAUCACAUUGGAGUCUGAUUUAUUCGGAUUUGCAUUGAGUAGGGUGUUCGGUAUUGAUAUUGGAGUACGGCUUAUAUGUGAGUUCAUGUCAGCAAGUUGUCUACUGAGUCGGAGCCCAAACUGUCGUGAAGUUCCUUUUUUUUCUCCAAUCGAAGAUGGCAAGUUAUUAUGACAUUGAUGAUAUAUUAGCUGAAGAAGAGAUGGUUCCAGCUGUGUUUUUGCAAACAGCUAAUGAAGUUGGGAUAUUUGAUUGUGCUGAUGAUACUAACAAGGUGGAGGCUGGUACACAUGUAGAAAUGCCCUUUUGGCUUGCCCAGGAGCUAUAUGUGAGACAAGCAGUAUCGAUCAAAGUUCCUCCUUAUUUUGAUAUCAAAGCCAAAACGAGAAAUGAGAUAGGAGCUGAUGCAGCACAUGUUGAUCUAAGAAGUUUAUGCCCCUACUUUUACAAUUUCGGAUGCAAGAUAGCACACCUGAUUGGUGAAAAAACUAUUGGACCUUUGCUUCUGAUUGCAUUUCGAACGAGAUAUAGAGAAGUUCUUAUCAAGGCUCAUACUGCAGCAUCAAUUGUGGCACCCAAGCACUUGACGCUUCUUACAAAAGAAGAGACUAAAUUGUAUGAAGCUGGUCAAUCCUCAACGGCAGCAUUUAAGAAAUGGAGAAUGGGAGGUCCUAGACUGCAGAAAGCUUCUGUACUUGGUAGAAAGAGGAAGCCUGUUGAAUGAGUUUUUUGUACUUCAAAUCAUUUCUCCAAUGUGAAAAUGUGUUUUGUUUGUUUUUAUAUUUUUUUUGCUUGUUAUACUGUUAUUUAUCCUGAGUUGGGGGUCUAUCGUAAACAACCUCUCUACUUCAUCUGAAGUAGUGGUAUGGACUGCGUACGGUUUACCCUCCCCAGACCCCCACUUUGUGGGAAUACACUAGGUAUGUUGUUGAAUGUGAAAAUGUGUGUUGUACCAUCUAUUUGAUUAUUCUAUGAGAUUUACAUCUCCUUCUA